CUGUGUUCCGUUGCAUAAUUAAACGUAAAUUACUUAUCGCAUUAAGCUAACACUCAUGCUUGACAGCUUCCGCACUGUGUUGAACUGCUGUUAAACGCUAAACCCCUACUCUACUGCAUAAUCUUCCACACUACGUUAAUUACCAAACCUUUACUGCGGACAAUCCAGGGAUGGCGUCAGUUCCAACGGGAAUUACUAUGUUGGCGUUAUACGGCAUAAUUUACCUCGUUCUGCGCUUUACAUUUGUUAGCGCAGACGGUGUGGACGGUAACGAGGAGGUAUUACCGGUACCUUACCACGAAUGCAGUUAUCGUUCAAACGGCACAUACCUUAACUGCAUCCAACACAGCCCAGACUACAUUGACAUUCCUAACAAUUUCAACGUCUCAAAUAUCCUGAACACCACUACAGAAAUGACCUUAGGGUUCGGCACGUACGAUGGAACAUAUCCCAAUGUCUUAAGGGCAAACGCGGAUCCAAUUCCCGCCACAGCAACUGCUCUGGAGAAGAUCAGCAUUGAUGGAUUCCAAGGCGAGGGGGGCGGUGAUAUAUCGAUUGAAAAGUUUCUUCUGAAAAUUAGGCAUAAUAUUGUAAUCCUGAAUAUUGGGAGAUGCCGGUUGGGGAUGCUAAGCGCGACGUUCUUCAAAGGAUUCGACAAGUUGGAAAAACUCUUUCUUAAUUACAACACCAUCGGUGCCAUUGACCUGCAGACGUUUGAUACUCGCCUGACCGACACAAACGCCAUUGCUCCGCUCAACUACAUUGUGUUAAUGCAGAACAAGCUGGAAACAUUGGAUUGGAGCGUGUUUGCGCCUGUUGCUGCUACCCUUAACGGAAUUAGUCUGGACGAACAGCGACCUGGCCUGCAGAAUUUAACGCUAAGCAGACCUUUCAACUUCUCCACACCAAUGAGCUCUCUAAGCAUUACCGACAACCCGAUGGCCUUUCCGUCUCAGGAUAUUCUCGACACGUUGCUCGUUAAUCGGCAGUCCCAAAUGUUCUUCCACCGAGGUCUGCGCUGUCCCAGCGGUCCGUCUCGAACGUGCGACUGUUGCGAAGCAUCGGACUUUGUCAACUGGGCGUACCAGUUUGCAUACACGAAUGCCAGUGCACGGCCGUACGAUUUCGAGUUCAGCUGCAGUGCUGAGAACCCGAUUACUUAUGAAAUCAGCCGCUGGGAUCUUAUUAUGCCGGAUUUGCAGCAGUAUGCGCACUGCGUGGCCGACACAUCUACCAGCGCCACGACAGCCGCAUCUGCUAACUCCACGGCAACUGCAUUCUCUAACGAUAGCACAGCCUCUGGCGGUAAUAACGGCAACGCCGCCAAUAAGAGCAGAGUUGGCUCAUCGUGGAACAUGGGUUUACUGAUCUUGCUUGUCACAAUUGCAAACUUACGAUGAAAUGCAGAAAACAGCAUGUGAUUGCCACAAAAUUUUAAGAAAAGGGUAGAAAAGCGGUCAAAAAGAUGCCACAUUUCUGCAAUUUUUGAGGAAGUUUUUGGGGGUUCCUACACAUGCCCGACAGUUUUUUCGCAGUUUGCAUCAACUUCAGCCAGCGUGCUUCCUCGUGUUAGCACAGCAUUAGACACCCCAGUAAAUUGAUUCACAAAG